AUGCCUAAAAAAAUUAUUUGUACUCUCGAUCAAUAUGCUAACAUCUUUCGACAUUGUGAACUUACAUACAAAUAAUUUAAAAAACUAAUCCAUAAGAAAAACAAAAGAUCAUUGAAUUAAUAAGUAUUUAGCUUCAGAUGCAAAGUGUGUAUGAAUCAUAGAGACACAUCUCCACAUCGAAGGUGUAAUGGAUGUCAAGACCUCUUUCAUCUAAAAUGUGUGGACGAAGAGAGUAAAUAGCUAUGUUCCAAAUGCUAAGUUCAAUUAUAAAAUAUGCUACUCAAAUUAUAAUAUAUAACACAAGUCGAAGGAGAUACUUUGAUUGUACAUGAAUGCAAGUCAGCAAAUACUAUUUGUAGUGUCUGUUACGCCAUUUGUGAUGAAAAUCAAAGUAAGAUUUGUUAUCGAUGUAAUCUCCGAUAACAUGUACAAUGUUAUAAUAGUCAAACUGAAUUCUGUUCUGUAUGUGAUUAAUACUUAAAAGACAAUCUACCUUACUAAUAUGAUACUAUUCCAAAUUAUAUUCAAUUAUGGAAAUCAGAAUAUACAUGUUAAGAUGAUUUAAUUAUAAUUGAUAAAGUGAAAAAAUAGAAUCGAGUCAGAUUGUAUCUACCAAAAUAUUCUGAUUCAAAAGAAAAACAACUCUAAGAAUCUUAUUCAUUAAUUAAAGCAUUAUGUGCUAAAUCUAUUUACUUCUCAGAUGAUCUGACCUAUUUUCCAGAAGACUCUAAACCAGAAGACAAUAAUGCCAAGUACGAACGCAAAUUGGAGGAUCUAGACGAAGAAAAUUUGAAGUCCUUUCUAUAAUUCAAAGAAUUUAGUAGAUUAGGUAUCACUCCUUAAUUGAUGGUUGACUUUCAUAUUAAAACUGGGUUUAUUGCUAAAGCUACUGGAUUCAUUAAGAAGGGUUCAAUCUUAGCGGAAUAUUGUGGAGAAGUCAAAAAGUGGAAAAACAUCAUUUUUGAUUAAAAUGAUAGUAUCAUGGAAUUACUGUCUCAUCCAAAUCCAAAGAAAACACUUUAUGUUGUUCCAGAAAAAUAUUCUAACAUAGCUAGGUUUGUUUGUGGAAUUGACAAUAAAAUUAAAGAACAAGUGGAAAUAGUUAAUGUAAAGUGUUUGAGAGUAGCCAUUAACAAAUAGGCUAGAAUUAUAAUGUAUGCUUGUAAGGAUAUUCAACCAAAUGAAAUUUUAUAUUAUGAUUACAACUCAGGAGGCAAAUAUUUAUAUCCAACAGAAGGAUAUUAAAUACUGUGA